AUGGCGGCGACUGCUGCGUCUCCUCUUCUUGAGGGUGAUAACUGCUACUACGUUGGAGAGAAGGAGCCUGGGAAGAAAGAUUCCGUUUCUGUGGCUGCAGCUCCGGUGUCCGAGAAACUGCCGAUUCUCUCUCAAGAUGAAGCUAGCGUCGUUUCGGAGCCCACGAGAGAGUGGAGCACAGGGAUCUUCUCCUGCGUUCCAGGCUCGGAUGAGCACACGAGCUCCGAUUGCGAAAUUUGCUGCCUUGGUAUGUUCGCACCGUGCGUGCUGUACGGAAGCAACAUGACCCGGCUAACCGGCGACGCGAAUGAGUUUUAUGACAGCUGCAUGCGUUACACCGCCUUGUUCGUUCUUGGGAAGUGCUUGCUGCACUGCAACGCGCUCGCUCCAAUCUCGUCGUGGCCCAGCCGAUCCGCCAUUCGCUCGCAACUCCGACUCCAGAGCGGAGCCGAAGACAUCACAAGUGAUCCUUCAGACAGUUGCCAUCGGUCCUAUGACUGCAUGCUACAUUUUUUCUGCCACAGAUGCGCGCUUUGCCAGGAAGCGAGGGAGAUUAGGAGGUGUUUCCCUCCUUUGUCAGGCCCGGGGUCUGCUGCUGCUGAUGGGGUGGCUGUCGUUGCUCCGAAGGUGCAAGCCAUGAACCACUGA